AUGCGCUGCCAAGGACAUGCACGUUUCUCUUUAGCCGUGACGGCAGGACUGGUCCUCGGGUCUCUUCCAGGGACGAGUGCGGCGCCAUACUCGAACUCGACAGGACCACACUGCCGCUACAUCCCCGGUGACGAUCGCUGGCCCAGCCAUGCGGAGUGGAAACACCUGAACCAAUCCGUUGGUGGAAGGCUGAUCCAGGGGAAACCCCUCGCUCAAAGCUGCCAUGCUCUCAGCUACAAUGUCGACGAAUGUAUUGGUGUGCAGAGCCAAUGGACCCAGGCUCCAAUCUUCCUCGAUGACCCCGUCAACGUCAUGGCGCCCCUCUGGCUAAACAACUCAUGCAGCCCCUUCACGGGCCGAGACUCAUCCUGCUCCCUCGGCAACAUCGCCUCCUACGCCAUCAACGUCACCAGCGCGGCCGACAUCGCAGCGGGCCUCAAGUUCGCCAAGAAGAAGAACAUCCGACUGACGGUGAAAAACACGGGCCACGACUUCAUCGGCAGGUCGGCGGGCGGCGGAUCUCUGGCUCUGUGGACGCACAACCUGAAGCGCAUCUCCUUCCUCGACUAUAAGAGCCUCCACUACACCGGACCAGCCGUCCGGCUCGGCGCCGGCGUUCAGGCGUACGAAGCAUACGAGGCGGUCGCUGCCCGAGGUCUACGGGUCACGGGCGGUUUCUGCUCGACGGUCGGCAUCGCGGGGGGGUACGUCCAGGGUGGCGGUCACGGUCCGCUCGAGGGUCUGUACGGGCUCGCGGCGGAUAACACGCUCGAGUUCGAGGUCGUGACCGCCGACGGGAGGCACCUGACUGUCACGCCGACGCGGCACUCGGACCUGUUCUGGGCGCUCAACGGCGGAGGGGGUGGGACUUAUGCCGUGGUGCUCUCGCACACAACGCGUGUCCAUGUCGACGGGCCAGUCGCGGGCGCGUCGCUGGCGUUCAACAACACUGACCCCGACGUGUACUGGGCCGCAAUAGAGGCCUGGCAUGAGCACCUGCUCGUCCUAGAUGACAUCGUCGGCUUCAACAGCGUCUUUGGUAUCUCAGACGUGGCAUUUGGCCUCUCCUUCGCGACACUACCAGGCUCCGACGCAGCAGGCAUCACCGCGGCCCUGGCGCCGUUCACGAACAGGCUCGACGACCUCGGCAUAGAAUACACCUUCUCCGCGACAGAAAGGCCAGGCUUCUACGAGCACUACGCCUACUACACCGCCGACCUGCCCUUCGGAAACUACCCCACCACCCUCCUCAUCGGCGGCCGACUAAUCCCACGCUCAGCCGCUCGUCCGACCAACCGCGCCGCCCUCGUCGCCGCCCUCCGCGACGUAGUCGCCCCCAGCACCGACCCCUCAGCGCCCAGCUACGCCGUCAAUGGCAUAGCGUCGGACGUGACCCGGGCGGCGACGCACGCCCCCAACGCGGUGCUGCCCGCGUGGCGCAACUCGCUGUACUGGCUCAACGUGGUGACGGACUCGGACCCCUUCAACGCCUCGGCGGCGGCGCUGCGGCCGCUCCAGGACGGGCUGAACCGCAGGCAGGAUCGCGUCAAGGCCGUCACGCCCGGCGGCGGGGCGUACAUGAGCGAGGCCACGUUUGACAAUCCGGAUUGGAAGAGGGAUUACUACGGGGUGAAUUAUGCGCGUCUGUUGGCGGUCAAGAGGAGGCACGAUCCGGAUUUCUUGUUCUAUGGCCCUGCGUCUGUUGGGAGCGACCACUGGGUUGUGGCGGCGGAUGGGAGGUUGUGUCGGGCGGGACGGGGUUGGGAUAAUUGA